UUUAUAUAUAUAGUUUCUUCCAUUUUCAUCUGCGAAGAUUUUACUCACGGUGAUCGGAUAAGAAGAUCCAUAGAAUUUGGACGAUUUGUGGAGGAAUUUACUGGCGUUCGUGUUUUCUUUGUUCGAAUUAUUAAUGAGAAAGUAGUCGGAGCCGGAGAGGUCAAAGGUUUAUACCCAGGCUUUGUUUGAGUUUCCAUUGUUGUUGUGUUUGGGGCGGCAAAACUCCUCGAGCAAUGUUUUGGCGCAAGAAUGAGGUAUUGUACGGAUUAAGUUAAAAGGAAUUUUUCUCUCAACAGAAACUAAAAAUCAAAAUUAGGAACGGUUUUCGCUUUUGUGCAUGUUCUUCUGUUAAAUUCCCUGAGCUCAAGGCUCGGGGAGGAGAUCCGAAGCUAGAAAUUGGAAUUUUGGAGAAAAAAGAAGCUUAUCAUGGAAUCUUCCGCAGCAGAAAAAUAUGAUAUUAUUAACAAUAAUGUCAUCUCCUCGCAAUCUCAGACUUCUACCUGUAUGCAGAAAUUCAGACUCUACGAAACUCGAUCGAACUUUUAUAUGAUUGGAAGGAAUAAGAGUAAAACUUAUUGGAGAGUAUUAAAGAUUGAUAGGCUUGAUCCUUUCGAGUUGAAUAUUCGCGAGGAUUCUACCAAUUACACGGAGUUUGAAUGCUCAGAGUUGUUGAGGCGAAUACACGAAGGAAAUAAACCCACUGGUGGAUUGAAGUUUGUUACGGCUUGUUAUGGCAUUGUUGGGUUUAUUAAAUUUUUGGGGCCUUACUAUAUGCUGCUUAUUACAAAACGAAGACGGAUUGGUGCAAUUUGCGGUCACAAUGUAUAUGCGGUUUCGAAAAGUGAGAUGAUUCCCCUCCCGAUUUCAACUGUCAACCCAGGCAUUUCAGACGUUAGGAAUGAAAACAGGUACAAAAAACUCCUAGGCACGGUGGAUCUUACAAAGGACUUCUUCUUCAGCUAUUCAUACCAUGUUAUGCGUAGUCUUCAAAAGAACUUGUGUAAUAAUGAACAAGGCCAAGUACUUUAUGAGACCAUGUUUGUUUGGAAUGAGUUCCUGACCCGAGGAAUCCGCAAUCACCUCCAGAAUACUCUAUGGACAGUUGCAUUAGUGUAUGGCUUCUUUAAGCAGGCCUCACUCUCUGUAUCUGGACGGGAUUUCAAACUUACGCUUAUAGCAAGACGGUCCCGUUACUAUGCAGGUACCAGGUAUCUGAAACGAGGAGUAAAUGAGAAAGGCAGAGUAGCUAAUGAUGUUGAGACAGAGCAGAUUGUUUUUGAGGAUGUCUCUGACGGGUUUCCCACACAAAUAACUUCCAUUGUCCAGAACCGAGGGUCAAUCCCACUCUUUUGGUCUCAAGAAACAUCACGGUUGAAUCUAAAACCAGAUAUCAUACUGUCAAGGAAGGACCAAAAUUAUGAAGCAACCAGACUUCAUUUUGAAAAUCUUGUCGAGAGAUAUGGCAACCCCAUAAUUAUCUUGAAUUUGAUCAAGACAGAAGAGAAGAAGCCUCGAGAGUCAAUUCUCCGUCAAGAGUUUGCAAAUGCGAUUGAUUUUAUUAAUAAAGAUUUGUCAGUAGAGAACCGUUUGAGAUUCCUUCACUGGGAUCUACACAAACAUUCUCGGAGCAAAUCACCAAAUGUUUUGCAAAUUCUGGGCAAAGUGGCUAGAUAUGCAUUAAUGUUAACAGGUUUCUUUUAUUGUCGGAUGACAUCAGCCUUGAAACCUGAGGAGUGUACGGCAUGGCCUUUCUCUGAGAAUAUUGAGGAUGGUGACAUGUCACCCCAGAAAUAUUGCAAUGAUAUUGCAGAGGAUGUUUAUGGAUCAAAGAGGAGGUAUUCUGGAGAUCAUAAUGUUGCUAAUGGAAAUCAUUCUGUGAAGCCUCCCACAUUCCAAAGAGGUCUGCUUAGGACCAAUUGCAUAGACUGUUUGGACCGUACAAAUGUUGCACAGUAUGCAUAUGGAUUGGCUGCUCUGGGAAGCCAGCUUCAUGCUUUAGGGGUUAAGGGUUCCCCAAAAAUAGACCUCAAUGAUCCUUUGGCUGAUGAAUUAAUGAGUUUCUAUGAAAGAAUGGGUGACACACUUGCGCAUCAAUAUGGUGGCUCUGCAGCUCACAACAAGAUAUUUUCUCAAAGAAGGGGUCAAUGGAGAGCAGCGACCCAGUCUCAAGAAUUUUUUAGAACUCUUCAACGAUAUUAUAGCAAUGCGUACAUAGAUGCGGAGAAACAAAAUGCAAUUAAUGUAUUUCUCGGGUAUUUCCAGCCCCAGCCUGGUAAACCUGCAGUUUGGGAGUUGAGUUCCUAUCAGUGUUACAGGGGAAGAAACGGGGAAACAAUUGUGGAUGACGAUGGAAGGUCAAUUUUUAAAAGAUCUCUUUCCGAUGGAAACAUUCUUUGGCCAAGUGAGUCACCUGAGUCGGCCAAAAAUGGCAAGCAAGAGAAAUCUUUGAAUUCGACUUUGCCUGGCCUUUCAGAGUCCUCGCCUGAGAUAUCAACUUGUGAAAGUGAUAUAUCGUAUGCAAGGUAUACUCACUUAAUGCCUCCAAGGCAACUGUUUGGGGACAUGCAAAGAGACUAUUGUCUCGAAACUGGUCGCAUUUUCUUCUCUGAACGCGGGGAUGGAUUCAAUAGCUCUAACUUUGUUGACCUGGACUAUCUUUCAUCAUCUGGAAGUUCUUGCGAUGAUGAACCGGCCGAUAGGUCGACUAGCUCUUCCCAUGUCGGCUUUUCAUCAGAGAAUGUUGUUAAUGGAGUAUUGGGGGAAGCAACCCCAUCCAGCAGCGAAUACGGAUCGAGUAGAAAGGGACGGCAGCAGGCAGGAACUGAGCUCCUAUCUUCCGCUAAUUCACAAUCCAACGCUCUUGAGGAAUUCUCAGAUAGUUUUGUGCGGUGGGUACACUCGGGAGCGAUGCUUGGUUAUUAAGGUUUUGAUUCGUUUUCCUCAACUUGAUCUUCGACGGCUCUGCGGAUUCGAGCUGCCGCACCGAUACACGCCUUCCAUGGAAACAGAUUUAGUUAUGUAUAGUAAAAAUCGAGAAGCCGAAGCAGUUGUACUGACAGUUUUAUGGUAAGAUUGUCCUGAUUCCUGAAGCAGUCGUUUUGGCCUUAACGCCUUAACCAGGAACUGAUAUUCGGGCAAGUAAAUAGUCAAACGAUUGAAUCAAAUUCUUUUUGGAGCUCAUUUGAUUUUAGAUUUCUAAUUCAUUCAUAUUUGAAAUAACAAUUUAAUCUUUCGAUUGGGUGA